AUAAUCUCUCGACAUGUGUGCAAUCGUAGAUUAAUCUUCGCUAUCGGUUUGCCCGAAGCCGGGGCAGCUGUCCGGGUCGCGAGGAGGCUCGCUCUUCAGUCGAGCAAACGUUUCGAGGCGACGGACGUUUCCCCUGUUCAAUGUUCGUCAAUAAACACCGGGACAAGUUUCGCCUCGAAAAAAAGUCCCCGAGCAGAAUCUCAAGGCGAUGGAAAUUCGUGAUCGCUGGUCUCAUCGGAAGUGGCUCGGGCCUGCUCUUCCUGAGCACGUGGAGUCCUGGGUCCGAGCAGGGGAAGUCGACGACGACGGGAAACCCGAACGCUCGGUUCCUCGGUCGCCUCGGCCGAUCGGGAUCAGAAGAGCUUGGAAAGACGAUGGAACGCUGCGAAAUUAGCGGCUGCGCCACUGUCACUUGUGGCUCGAUUUCCGAAUCUGAAAAUCCUGGAGAAAUCGCCUCGGGUUUCAUAAAUCAGGAGUUUGCAGUUCAAUGUUGGAAGGCGAGCUCCGUUGAGCGACUGGAAUUUCAAUCCUGCACGUUCCCCCACAACGAGCUCGGCGCCGAUUGGCUGACCGCGGCGUUACCGAUUCGACAGUUGGCGUUCGAGGAUUGCGGCCUCGAGGACCUGCCCGAGGGCUCGUUCUCCUCGGACGCUUUUUCAGCCCUCGAAUCUCUCGCGAUAACGGCAGCGAGGGUGAGGGUUUUGAAAAAAAGGACGUUCGAGGAGCUGACGAAUUUGAAACAGUUUUUAUUGAGCGGAAACGCGGUCGAGGAAGCGGAAAUUGACUUGCUGAGCCCAGUCGCCGAUUCCCUGGAGGAUUUGGGCCUCGACGCUUCCCUGACGAGCGUCAAAGUCCUGGAAAACAUGACCGGCCGUGCGAGCCUGACGAGAGUGAAAAAUUUGUAUCUCCGCUGGAAUUUUCUGGGCACGAUCCCUCCGGAGACGUUCAAAUCCCUGCCAAACGUCGCUGCGAUUCAUCUCACGGGAUCCUCAAUCAGCGAAAUGCAUGUUGACAGCUUCAAGGGCACGCGAUCGUUGGAAACGUUGUUUCUCAACGACAAUUUAUUGACGAGCCUCCCCCGCGGCAUAUUCGAUCCAGUUUUACUCGCGAAUUCUCAGUUCAAAGUCUCGUUGAGCAACAAUCAGUGGCGCUGCAGCUGCGACUUCGAUUGGAUUCUCUACCUGCUGAACUCGAGUCGAGAAAUCUUCAUGGAAAGCCCCAGGUGCUCGAGCCCCGAGAGAAACGCCUUUCUGUAUUUCACGAGCGCUAAAUUUUGCGACGAUUCGAAUCCGGAUGUCGGCACGAGCUUGGGGACGACGGCGGUACAAAACGUCGCGAGCACCGAGGCCGUGGAGACGAGCAGAACGUACGUGAAGUUCACUUGUCAAAUGGACGAGAGCGCGAGAGCUUCGACGAGAAAAUUAUUUGCUACCGAGGAGUGGAAGUUCCCAUCGCGCCACCCGGACUUUGCGGUUCGCUGUUUGGAGGGCGGCGACCUCGAGGUAAGUUUCAAAGCCAUCGAGGGUCGAGCGUUCUCGUUGAUUUGGUUCGAGAACGACGCGACGAGCGACGAUUCCACCUCGAAGAAAAUCGGUUGCCGUAGAAACGUCGCUGCGCCUUUUCUCCUGAAGAGUCUCGCCUCGAAUUCGACUUACACGGUUUGCCUGCUCGACAAUUUCGAAGAAUCGCCUUCGCCCUUGAACUGCUUAGCGGCGAGAACAUUUACGCUUGCGGAGGACGACAAAAGCGUGGUUAUUUCAGUCGCCGUGGGCUUGUUCCUGAUCGGCGGGGUGCUCAGUGCACUCUCGUCGUUUUUUCUCCUCCGCAAAAAUCCCUCGCUUCUGCGUGGUAGCAAGAGAAUCCUGAUGGUGAAGAAGCGCGGGAUCGACGCUCUCGUCUUGCCCAAAGGCGCGAACCUCAACUAUCUCAAAGAGGGCAAAAUCGAAGGGAGCAUCAAGUCUUCGAAGGAAAGACGCUCGAAGACCAACUUCGAAUCCAGCUACCUGAUGCCCUUGAGAGCUCAGCGCUCGAUUCCCGAUCGAAAGUUUUCCUGCUCACCGGUGAGCCCUCCGAGACGCAAAGACUCCAAAGUCUCCAGAGUCAGCUCGCUGUACAGCACCGGAAGUUACGUCUCCGGAAUCGAAGCGACUCCCAGCGAACUGUACAACUGGCGGAACACCCUCGCUUCGAAGAGCCUCUACGCCGCUUGCUUCGGCGAGGACCAGGAAUUCGAUCGAUCGCCGGCGACCCCACCGCCGCUGCCUCUCAGGACCUUCGGCUCGUCGGUCCCGUCGCUCUCCCUCGCCAUCGACUCCGACAAUCAUUCCGACACUUUGAUGCACUUUUGAUCCCCCAAUUCCGGACACCCUCGUCGUGGGAAUCCGGAAAUCGUGAGUCCGGUGAACCGCCCCAAGUACGCGAAUCCGAUAGCUCCUUGUCAAUGAUCGUGGACGAAAAAACCCCUUCGAAAAUCCCUUCCGACUGGUUCCUCGCGAGCCGGCAGCCGGAGGGCUCCAAAUUCGACGAGGUCACCUGCGCAACCGGCACUCGUGAAGCUACGAUUUUUCAUAAUUUGUCAGCCCCCGAAUCGGCGAUUGAAAUCUAAAAUAAAGCGAGUUUUCACUCACGACGAAUAGCCCUUGGAUCCCCGGUGCGUCG